AUGCCUCUUGUGAAGGCUUCUAACGGUGGGCAGUUCAGCAAGUCCCUGGGAGAGAGUACGAUUGACCUACUGCGGCCUGUCGGCACAGCCGACCUGGUUCCCCACUUUGACCGACUAGCUAGCUAUGUCAAUUUGGAAAAAUGUGUGCUGGAGAGCAGGCUGUCAGUAGUCAAAGCACAAGAAAGGGAGAGCAGGGCCAAGAUCUCAGAGGAGUUGAAGGACAUGGAACACUUCUACAAGGAACAGAUGCGAAGCUUGUCGCGAGCAACCAACCUGGCUGAGAAGAGCAUGAAGACGGAUCAGAAGAAGAUGCAGGAGCUCUUUAACGCUAUGGUAAGUGAAAUGCAGGAAGAGGUUUGGGACCUCGAAAAGUCCUUUGAAAAUGCGGAGCAGAGGCGUCUGCAACUUGAAACCGCUUACAAGAACGCUGAAGCGGCCUACCACAAAGAGAAGAACCAGUUCGAGCAGAGCGCGGAAGAUCACAGGAUGAUGUGCGACAACUUGUCCAAGAUGUGCAGGAAUCAGGCAAGCCAAGUGGAUAAGAUUGGCCAGCAGCAAGCCCGGUUCCUUGAUCAGUUUGGCACCACAGACGCUACAAUCCUGAAGAAGCAAUUGGAGAGUUUGCGUCAGCUCCAGAAGCAGCUGCAGCACAGCAGCGUGAUUGAGCAGGAUUUGUGCUGCAUGCUGCACAGCAUGGUCACCUUCACGACCUGCCUCAAAGACAACAUCAUCUUCAUGUGCGAUGGUGUGAUCCGCCUCCUGGAUGCCCUGACAUCCUCGGCCAUCGCGGCUGGCUCAACGCAGAGGGCCACGACGAAGAGAUCACAUGUGGGUGAAGGCCGCGCCCCGGGCCUCAGAGUGAAAAGCAUGAUCGGCAGGUUGCUUAUGAUGGUGCCGGCCUCAGGGAGCCGUAGUGGGAAACAGUAUGAGAGCAGCAAAUUUGAGGAGACAUGUUUGGAGCGUGCGCAGUGCAGGGGCGAGGACACUGCAAAAUUUUGGCAGGCCGGCAUUGCUGGCGAGGCAGGAGUUUUCCAGGACGCUGUUGUCGGCGACGGGGAGCUCCAGGCCCACUUUUGCAACAUGGUUGGAUGCCUCGGUGGCGUGAGCCCAAGGGAGAUUGUGAUCUUCUACGGCGGCCAGCUGGGCAUCGAUUGGGCCAUGAGCGGCUAUGGGAUGACGGAGGGCUUUGACGGAGGCCAGGUCUUCGAGCAUGGAGUGCUUGAGGGCUGUUGCUGGCAUGGCUGGCUUUUGGGUGAUCCACCUGAUCCCGGUGAGGGUGUUUGUGGGCAACUUGGCUGGUUCUGUGAACUACCUGGCUGGCGGCAUGGCCUUCGGGGAGUACGUGUUGGAGAGGCGGCACACCCUGGACCAGGCGGCGGAGCAGCGGCUACGGAGCAUCGCAGGCAAGAGAAUCAGAUGCAGCAGGCGCUGGUCUCAAUCAUUGAGCUCCUGAUGUCGGUUGUUGCGAGCUUGGCGGGCAGUGACCAUCCGGUCCAGAAACAAAUGGCUGGCAUCACUGGGCUCCUUGGCGUCCUGCGCGCCGGCCGGGAGGAUGCGAUUCUUGAGGAGGAGCAGCCACCGCCGCCUCCUUGGCGUCAGGUGACCUUCCAGGCGGAGCCGGACACGACUUCCUUCGUCACCGAGGGGGCCCUCAAGCCGAUCCCGGGGCAAAAGGGUGGCAAAGCCAAGGCGGGCGGAACCAUUGGACAGGGCAAGGGCAAGAACCUCAACUUGGAGGAGGGCAAUAAGAAUGGCUCAGGCAGCACAGGCGGCAAGGGGGGCAAGGACAUUGGAGGAAAGAAAGGCCAUGUCAAAGGCGGCAAGGGCGGCAAGCGGACUGGGGAGGAUGCUAAAGCAAAGCUUCGACCGCAGGAUUGGGUGGGCAACAUUGUCGAUUAUGCCACAGCUUGUUCGCAGCUGAACAGCCUCAGUGGCUCGGUGCUCGUUUGGGUCAAGGAUGAAGAGCAGGCGGACGCCCUUUCGCAGAUGUUGCUCGGAGCCGGGACUAAAUGCACGGCAAGGAUGAUCUGGAGAUCGGCCACUGGAUCAUUCAAGGUUCCGGUUGAGUGUGCGGGGGAAUUGAUGGUGGAGAGUUUCGCCUUUAUGGACUACACCACAACAGGCACUCCGCUGCCUUCCUUCAAGCAGGCGGCCAAGACGGCAAAGAAGGUACCCAAGGAGGUGGUCACCACAACUUUGAGGGUGGCGCUGGCUAAGGACUUCGUCGCCAAGGAGGUUUGGAAACAGGCCACCUCGGCACCCAGGGCGGCGAUCCAGAAGUGGGGGCGCGAGGUUGCGAAGGCGGGCUCCGUUGCUUUUGUCAAGGACGCCUGGGGCUUUGCCGAAGAGACCAGACUCGGCAAUGCGGCGGUGGUCGGACUCAUCCGUGUUCCUGUUGAUCGAGCUGCUGAGGUGCUUCAGUUGUCAGGGGAGCAGGGUGUUUUUGUCGAGCCGGCAGGGCGUGACAACGUGGUGCCAUGUGAGAUCGAGUGGCUUGACACGGUUGAUGGCGAAACUUGGGGGCAAGCCGUGGCCAGGGCUAAAGCCCAAAAGCCCAAGUUCGGAGUCUUUUUGGGACGAAGGCAAGUUGGGAUGCGAUUGGAGGCGGGCAGUGCACCGAGGGCCAGCAGGAUCCGGUACUUUGCGAUCAAGAGCGCCCCCACGAACUGGCCCGACGAGCUGGUCAAGGAGAUUGUGGAGGAGCAGACUUCCCUGAAGCAGGUGGUGGUCCAUCGCAAGGCUACUCAGAAGGGAAGGGCAACCUAUUACUUCAAGGCUCGGGCGGAGGAGGACAAUGCAUGCUACAUGCUGCAAGUCGAGGAUGCUUCUGUCACUUCCAGCCUCUGGGUGGUGCCAAUCAGGGGCGAGGUAGUCCGCUCCAGCCGGCCAAUCAGUGAGAAGGGCGGCUUCGUCUUCCAGCGUAGGGCGCCGGCACAACUUGGAGCAGACAAGCCGGAGGCCAAGAACAGCAAGGGGGAGGACUCCAAGGAGGAGGGGCCGCCGGCCAAGAAGCCGGCGGUUGCGCGGCAACAGCGUGCGGUUCCGGAAGGAGUCGCGAUCAACAAGGUGGACGGUGACGGCAACUGCUUCUUCAGUGUGGUGGGCCAGGGACUGGGCAGAAUCCGCAACGAGCCUGCUCUGCCUCCGGCGCGGGUCCGUGCUGAGAUCUGCGCUCACAUGAGGAAGCACCGUGCCAACUACGAGGAGUUUUGGAACGGCAAGGACUCGGAUGGCAAGGACAUGCAGGAUUUCGAGGACUACAUCAAGCACAUGGCGGAGAAUGGGAAGUGGGCGGGCAGUUUGGAAGCCUAUGCGGCGGCAAAGACGUACAAGCUUGCGGUGUACAUCAUCCCCGCUCCGGUCGACAUGGCGGCGGUAGCGUACAACUCCACUGCAAAGGCCAAGCUGGGACUCUGGUACACGGACAAGCCGGGCCACUUUGAUUGGUUGUGCCCUCCCACGGGGCACGAGCUACCGGAGACGGUCACGGGCAUGGCGGAGGGCACGCAACCAGGUGACUUUCCUAGAGGCGGCGCUGAACGGCAGGAGGAGGAGGGCUCCGAGGCCACAGUUUUCACUAGGAUCGCAAGCAGGCCCAACUUCGACAAUGACGGGGGCAAGACAGAGUCAGUGGGGAGGGCCACAGUCUUCACGAAGCUUGGUGCGCGUGAGUUUCCUGGCCCCAUCACUUGUAAAACAGGAAACUCCCAAGACACUCGGCAGUCCAUGGCGGGUGGAAGCACGGAGGAAGGGGCCACUGCGUUGAGGUCCAGCAGCAAGCGAGCCAGGCAGACUGAGCUUGAGGCGGCGCCAUCUGAAGCGACUGCUUUCACUGAGGUGGCGGAGACCAAGGGCAAGACUCUGCGCCACUGGUUCGCGCAGGCACGCAGGGCGGGAUCUGAAGCACUCACGGGCGUGCGCUCCUCGGCUUCGUCAUCAACUAUGGUGGUCGAGGAUGAGGACAAUGCCAGCACCGAGGAGAUAGCGCCGCCGCCUGCACCGGUGGCCGUGAGGAGGUGGCGGGGCGGCGUCCCGCGGAAGACGCACAACUCGUGGAAAUGCCCUGAGUGUGGGUGGAGCACGGGACGGACAAUUUAUUGGAGGCAGAAGAAGGCCUCCCAUGUUUCCCAUUUUCAUCCUGACCUCAAGGCGGAGCUCAGCAUGCGGCCGCAGCUUAUUCAGAUGGUCCCGUGGUCUGCGGCUACUUGCGUCCGGCGAUGUCCCGUGGAGAACUGUGGCAUGGGGCUCCCGGCAGUUGAGUCGAGUACCGAUGCGAGAUUGCUGGCCAGGAAGCAUCACGCUAAGACUGUUCACCCGGAUGAGCCCAUCCAAAUCUUCCGCCUGGCGCGGCGCACGGCGGACAAUGCGAGAAAAGCAACCGUGGCCAGGCUUGGCGCUGGUGUGGCCAAACGACUCAAUCAGAUCAAGGUGGGAGCGGCUGGCGAUCACGAUGUGGUCUGCGUCAAGCUGCCGCCGCUUCCAGUCAAGGAGGGCAAGGAGGGCAAGCAGCGGAAGAGCAGGCGUGCUGUUACUCAUGUUGUCUGCAAGUGCUGCAAGCGCAUCGGUUUUUCCCCGAAGGAACUCGCAGUGCACCCGUGCAAGACGACUUCGCCUGGGAGUAGGCGGGCGGCCAUGUUGAAGAGAUUACGUGAGGCGCUUGACCAGGGCAAGCUCGACGCGGACGUGGAGGCCGGGGUCACUUUGGUGCUCAACCUGUUUGCGGAGGCGGCAACGCAGCCCUACCAGCAGCACCAGCCGAAGGCGAUGGCCUGGCCGUUGGAUGCCAAGACUUGGGAGGCGCGGUUCGUCUGCCCAAGGUGUAGCGGAGUAUGGAAGCGGUUGCGGGACGUCGAGGGCAAGCAGUGCAUGCCUGAGAGGAAGCGGGCUCGCUAUGCCGAGGCUGCGCAGUUGAGCAAGCUCUCGGAGGUCGGGGGCGCAGUUGGAGAGGCGGCCACCAACAUCCUCGGCUUUCUCAAGGUGAAGGGCGCCAAGGUCGCCGACGAGGAUGAGACGAGAUCAUUGGCGGGGCGAAUGGGAGCCGUUAUGGACAUGGCGGCCGAUGCUGGGCUACACAUCCUUUGCUUGCAGGAGACCAUGCUCAACGCCGAGGGCAUCCAUGCACUUCGUCAGGCCUUUCGGAGUAAGGGCUGGCACUUCAUCCCGGGCAGCCUGACCUUCGACUCGCAGGGCAAGCCUGCUGAUGGUGUUGCUAUUGUGGCUGCUUGGCCGGUGGAGUUGAUUGAUUCCCCGAUGGCGGCCUCCUUCCCUAGCCGAGUCAUGACAAUCAAAGCGCACCGACCGGGACAGCGUCCUUUGCUGGUCAUCAACGGCUACUUCCCGGCCAACGAUGUGGCUUUGAACCAAUUCCUCACUCAGGAGGUGAUCGCUUGGGCGGCCAAUACUGUCCACGCGCUAGACCCUGACCCGUAUUUUGACGGCGUUGGUACUCACCGCUGGGAAGAUGGCUCCUACACGGGCCGAACCAUUGACUACGGCAUCGCUUCAUUGGGCCUCGGAGCAUCGCAGCGCCUUCAGUGCUUAGGGCCAGCGGACCAUGACUUGAUUGCAUAUGACAUCCAACUCAAAGGCACGCGACGGGGAUGGAGAUGGCAGCCGAGACGCAAACUGAAGGAGGAAUUGUUGACCGACUGGGAUACCACUUGGGCAGCGGUCGAGGAGGACUUCCAGGGCUACAUCCGGGAUGCUGACGGUGAGGCGGCCUGGCGCCUCCUUUCCCUCCAGGUCGAGAACGCGAUGGACUCCGACUGCAGGCGGGCUAAACCAAGGGGCGAGCCAGGCAAACCUGUACUCACUGAGGCCCACGCGGCCAAGCCACCGACAGUCCAGACCCUCCGUGAGCGCAAGCUGCGUCGAGCUGCGCGGCGGCUCAUGGCAAUCAUCCAGAGGGAGAGGCAAGGUGCAGAUGGGGGCCAUGAGAGGGCCAAGCUCGCGCGCUACCUCAGGCACAUUGUGGAGGCGUACCCUGACCUGGGCGACCUCGUCCUCCUCCAAGGUGAUGAGCUGCUCGCGUUCCUUCAGCACGCUGCGGAGGCGGAGGAGACGCGGGCCAAUCAGGCGCGCAUUGAGGGCUGGAAAGAGAAGGUGAAGUGUGACCUUCCCCGGUUGGCUAGGUGGGUAAAAUCGUCACUUGCAGAGAGAGCCACCCCGUUCAGCAAUUUUGCGGAAGACCCAGACCCUCAAGCAAAGGCAGAAAGGGCGGCUCAAGAGUGGGGCAAACUGUGGCAUCAAGAUGGCCGUCCUGAUGGGUGCCAGCUUCGUGAUAUCCUCAACCGACUUCAGAUGCAGCAGGAGGCUGCUCCUUGCCCUCUGCUGGACGGUGACGCCUUACACAGAAGGGCGAGAGCUUCGGCCAGAAAGGCGGCAGGAUGCGACGGCUGGUCUGGGCGCUACUGGAGCGCGCUACCCCUUAGCUUCUUUGACAAGUUGGCUGCUAUUUGGAACCUCGUUCUUGGUGGGGCUCCCAUCCCUGUUGCGUGGACUCAGGUACGUGUCUGCCUCAUUGACAAGGAAGAUGGUGGACAGCGGCCACUCGCUAUUGCGGCGCUUGCUUGGAGGUUGGGAGCUUCGGCCGUGGUGCAGCAAUUGACUUCGUGGAUCAGAAAUGUGUUCCCGGAGGAGCUCUACGGGGGCUUGCCCGAGAGGGGCGUUGAGGACGUCCACACUCAGCUGACCUACGAACUGUUCGUGCGGCGAGGCGGCGGAGCUUUGGCUGGUUGCAAAGCGGACGUGCGGAAGUGCUUUGACACGGCGGAUCCUAAGCUAGCGAUUGCUUGUCUUCGGCAACUUGGAGCUCCUGAACCCCUGCUGGACGUUAUCUUCCGCUUCUACAAUGAGCAUACUAGGUGGAUGAUGGUGGAGGGUGUCUGUGCCAGACAGCCCAUCGAGGCCGCUGCUGCUUUGCUGCAGGGCUGUCCUUUCAGCCCCCUCUGCUUGAAUGCCAUGAUGGCGGUGUGGCUCGCGGUCGUCAAGGAGGCGCACACUUCUUGCAGGGUGGCCGUCUACCUCGAUGACAGGAGCAUUUGGGCUCGCCAGCGUCGCGGAGCCGCAAGGUGUGUUCAAAGAGCUAUGCUGGCGGGUGCAAUCGCGGACGAGGCACUAGGCUUUGCCUUGCAUGCUGACAAGCUCGAGAGCUUUGGCGCCACGCAAAACGUCCGUGAUGAGCUCAUGGAGUUCUCGGACGUCGUUGGCAUCCCCCAGGUCACGUUCCAGCUGUUGGGCAUUCCCUACAACACCUCGAGGGCGGUCCCGGUCGCUACUUCCAGCCUCACGGACAAACUUGAGAAGAGGUGCAAGCGCAUCCAGAUCUGUGGACAGGGCUACGGUCUACGCAGGGCCCUCCUCGGCAGGCUGGUCAUCCCUUUGUUCAGGUGGUGUUCACCGUGGAUCCGGUGUCUCAAAAAGCUGACGGCAAGAUGGGCGGGCGCCAUUGAGAGGGCCUUGUGGGGCGGUGCGAUUCCCAGAGGCCGAUCGCGGGCUUUGGCAUGGACUACCUGCGUCGGGCUGCAUCUCUUCCCGGACUACGUCAAUGCCGAGACUACUGUGCUUAGGGAGCAUCGCCGUUUGUUGCUGGGUAGGCACGCGCACGAGGCCCCGCAGACCAAGGAGGCAUUCGCUUACUUUGGCUGGAGGCGGGAAGCAGGCGUGUGGCACUGCCGGCACGGCUCUUUCAAGGCAGGGGCGAUUGCGACUUCCGGGCUUCGCAAGCUGCUCCGCAUGGAUGGGGCUUGCAAACUUUUCAUGGGGGACCCGAAGGUGCAGCAGGAGGGUGGCUUUGUUGGCGACUUUGACCUUACGCAUCAUCACUACCAGGCACUCCACGUUGAGGGCUAUCAGGCGAGGGUUAUGGUAGGCGGUGCAGCGGAUGCCAGGCAUGUCACUCCCAAGCAUGGCGAUGUCAUGGAGCGCGCCUGUCAGUGUGGGCAGCAGGGGCCAACCAGGACCCACAUGACAUUCGAAUGCCCUCGGGCUCCCUGGAGACUGGAAAUGCGUUCGGCUGUCGAAAGAAGGCUGUUGCUUCCUCUGAGGCCCCCGCCUCCGACGUGGGGUAUCGCAGACUAUGAGGCGGGCAUCAUCGAGGUCGCUGACUUUUUGGGCACGCUUGACCAGGAGCAGGUGCACUACGCGGCCACCGACGGUGGCUGCUUGUUGGCGAGAGGAGGCGAGCCGUGGCAGCGAGCUUCAUGGGCUGUGGCUUUCCGCGGGGCUUCUUUCAAGGGCCUGGUCCAAGGGCCCGAACAGACACCUGCAGAAGGCGAAAGGGUUGCGGUUUUCAUCCUUUGUGAGGCUUUGAUUCUUCGUGGACGGCGUCUUCGGCUCUUGGUGGACAACCUCAGUGUGGCGGGACGGCUUAGGCAGGGCCGAGCAGCGUGUGAGAAAGGUGAUCCGUGGUUCUUGUGGAGACGCAUCGCUGCGGCAGUACCUUGGCUGGAGGUGGCGUGGAUUCCGGCGCACAGCCGCAGCCCCGACUGA